GAUACCAGAGCGUGACUUUCUAACUGCGCGCACUGUGACCACUUGUGAGCAACUUCUGCCUUUAGCGAACGACCGACUCACUUUCUGCCCGCUACCCAAGUGCGCCCAUUUUUUACCACACCAUAAGCAAUUCGCAACCCGGAGAGCGCAGAAUUAGGGAGCCAAAUCCAGGCCUCACCUCGGCAUGGCCCGGCACACGAACCGAUGCCGUCUGAGAGCGAGCUGCUAGUUCGCGGUCCCCGCAGCGAUGAGGUGGAGCCGCUGCCGUAUGAUGCUGGUCCCGAAACUGAGGCUCUGCGCCUUCAGGCGGAGCUGACAGAACAACAUCGCACCUCGCUGGAUAGCGCUAAUAGUGCAACUCAGGCGCCCGCAGAGGAUGCGGGGCCUCUAUCUCGCGAACUUAGCUCGGUUUCUCUGACAUCAAACGCGUCAGCGACUGUCGUUACGGUGCAGCCCAGUGACACGGGGCCGAGCAACACCACACCUCGUCGCCCCCGGAUUUGGCAGUUGCCCUUCUGUGCAGCGGACACCUCUUGGCUGCACGUGAGCAACACCGUCGUGUACUUCGUGCUGUUCUGCGUGAACGUGUUGGUAAACUCGGAGGCGGUGUGGCCGGGCGUGCGGCAAGUGGACCGCAAGUAUGGGCCCAUCGUCACGCCGGCGGGUUGGGCCUACCACAUCCGCGACCUGACCCUGUUCCUGUGGGGCAUGGCCAUGUGCUGCCAGGGCCUGGUGGAGAGCAAGGGCUGGAAGGAGGGGCUGCUGGAAGUGAUUGGCCACACGUGGCAGGUGCUGUGGUACAGCGACACCAUCUGGCUUGUGCUGCACGUGUCGGGCUCGCCCGCGGGUCUGGCUCUGGCGCCCUUCUUCUCCUUCUGCGCGCUGGUGGCGGCGCUGGCGGUGCAGACGCGGCUGGCCUGGGCGGUGUGGGACGUGCACCUGGAGCUGCAGGAGGAGGGCUUCGAGGGCGUGCCGCCCCUGGGCUACCUGUUCUACGUCUACCCCUGCUCGCUGGCCUCUGGCUGGCUGCUGGUGCUGCACUGCCACGCCACCACCGUGGCCGUCACGACGCUGGCGGGGGCGGACCAGGUGGCGCUGACUGCGGGCUGCGUGUCGCUGGUGCUGGCCACCGCGGUGGCGUUGCUGCUGCUGGUGCGGUUCCGGGACGUGGUGUUCGGCCUGGCCUUCACCUGGUCCAUGGCAUCCAUCUGGGUGGCGGGCUUCAGCGCCAACGACGACUACCGGCCGGACCAGCUGGUUGCCUUCUUCUGCGCGCUUGUGCUUGGGCUGCUCACCUACUGCAUCGCCGCCGGGCCGCAGCUCAGCGCGGGAGGCGGUGGCGCCGCCGCGGCGGGUCUGGGCCUGCUGGGCGGGCCCCUGCACGCGCCCGCGCACCACACCAACCACAACGGCCCGGGCGGCCUGCAUUAACACUGGGCAGCGGCGGCGGUGCACGCGGCUGUGCCUGGCGUGGCAACGUAGCUGCGGUUGUGGAUAUGGUGCGGCUUGCUGUGACCGUGGCCGCUGCCGCUGCCGUGGCCGUGGCCGCUCGCCGCAGGCAGCAGCGCCGCUGCUGCAGCGCUGCCGGUUGCCGGCGCGGAAGGGGAUGAGUUUGCGGGUUGCUCUUCACGCGUUUUAUCGCUGCAGUUGGCGAGCAGUUGGCCUUGAAUUUCGUAAAGAGCAUUGCAUUACGCAUACGACAAUUGCAUGCUUGUCCAUGGCUAUUCAACGUGAUCCCAAGUCCUUUGUCUGCACUGGGGACUCGCAGUCGUCCGCCGGGGAGAGGGGUGUGGAGGUUAAGCUCAUUCCCAUACCUAUUUUACGUGAUGGUGGAGGUGGUGUAAUGCGGAUGUCUGGAUGAACUGGUGGGUGGCUUAGUCGCGGGUUUCGUAGGCGUAUCAUAAUCUGAAACGGCUCGGAGCGUAGACACACAUUAGUACACAGAUGUGUUCUUGUUAGUAAAGCGUUGCUAACGGGGGCAUUGUUAAUGUUAUUGUCUGGUCUGGUGUACCAGGUCCGCCUACGUCUUGCGACCUGAAGUGAGGCGCGUGUUGCGAAUGACAGGGCAUGGGGCAUACAUGGAUCCGUUGUAACGUGGUCACCGUGCGCGUCACGGUUUUUUGGUGUCACUUUGCGGCGUGCCGGAGAGGCAGGUGCGGGUGCUGGCGAUUGCAGCCCAUAGCAGGGUUGGUCAAAGCCGCACACGCACACAAUCAAACAUACUGUAGAUAGCCUCCUCGA